AUACAUCCGUGUGGUCAGCGAAACCCUAGCGACACGAGUGACCCAAAUCCCUCCUUUUGUCUCAAAGCUCUAAAACCCUAGACCCCCGAUCUCCCAGAACGACAACUACAAAAGCAGCACAGAGAAUUUCACUCACCUAAGAUUUUUCAUUUUCCUCAGUUUUUGGAAGAGAUCAAAGAGAAGAGAGCAAAAUCGAAAAAGAUGUUUCCUGGAAUGUUCAUGAGGAAGCCCGACAAGGCAGCGGCUUUGAAGCAGCUGCGGACCCACGUCGCCAUGUUCGGAGCUUGGGUCGCCGUGAUCCGAGUCACCCCUUACAUUCUCCACUACAUCUCUCGUGAAUCCGAUGAGCUCAAGCUCGAACUUUAGACCCCCCAAAUCUCUUGCUUAUGUGUGCGUCUGGAAGGAGAGAGAGGGAGGGAGGGAUGGCUUUGCAUGGGAGAAUUCUAUGAAUUAUUAUUAUUUUUUUCUCUAGUUUUACUUCUAGUCCUGAAUAUCACAAUGUUAACAUUGUCACUCAUGAAAGUCAUCUUCCUUUUGCUUUGUAGCAUUUGGAGACCAAAAAUGUUUCAGUGUCAGCUUGUGACGACCUGGUAGAGGAGUAAUGUUUCAUUAAAUAUAACCUUUUGCUUUGGUGCUCAUGUCACCAAGACAAUUGAAUUGACUUUAAAUGCGAGGAUAGAAUUUUUAUUUUAUUUUU